AUGGCGGCGAGACCCAAUCGGCGGAGGCCGCUAUGCCUGACCGACCUCCCCGACGAGGUGGUCCUUGAGAUCCUCCUUCGCCUCGAUAUCCGCGACGCCGUCCGCACCUCCACGCUCUCCCUCGCGUGGCGCCACCGCUGGCGUCAUCUCCCUGUCCUCGACUUCAAACGCUGCUCCUUCGGCCGCCUCGGCGUGGUAUCCGCCACCCAGUCCGUCCUCCUGCGCCACCAUGCCCAGUCUUACAAGCUCCACUCCUCCAUCUUCUCCUUCAUCAAGCUCGAGUACCUCGACCUUAAAGGUUGUCUGCUCCCAGACUCUACCCCAGGUUUAGUGGCUUCACUCCCACUCGUCCAUCUCAUAUGGCUUCGUGUGCAUUACACGCGGGCUCAGUUUCACGCGCUCGCGGCUCUGAUUUCUGGUUGCCUGGGGCCAAAGCAAUUGGCAGUAAUUGUCGCCCCAGGGGUGGCUGGUGUGACCCUAAAGAUUGCUGCACCUCUCCUUCGCCAUUUGGAGAUUAGAGCAAGGUCCGCUAAUUGGAUAGUGGAGUUUCAGAGUCUGCUUCCCGAUCUUCCUCGCGCCAAGCUUGUGCUGCCGUUUUACCGCUAUGCUCAGGAAGGGGGGUCGAAGCUUCUGUAUAUUUUACAGGGCAUUUCGCGGGUGGAAGCGCUGGAGUUGCUUGAUGGUAGUCCCUUGGUUGAUUUUCAAGCUAUGGUGCCAUUCAAAAUCCCAACUAAAUUUGAGAACUUGCAAUAUUUAACAACAGAUGCUGAUCUGGGUGAUGCAGUACAUAUUGUUUUCAUUUUUGAGUUCUUAAGAUGUUGUCCAAACCUAAUUAAGGGUGCUUAA